CAUACGCAGAGAGCCAUUGCAUACGAGUAGAGUAAGUAGGUACGUACGUAGCCGAUCGAGGAGAAUGGCACUCCCCUUUCCCAACCUUGGAGCCGGAAACAUCGCCACACAGUGGCGGGAGCUCCAGGGCUCUGGGUCGUGGGCCGGGCUCCUGGAGCCGCUCGACUCCGACCUCCGUGACUCUGUUAUCGCCUACGGCGAGCUCGCAGAGGCCACAUACGACGUGUUCAACGCCGACAAGAAAUCGCCCGAGGCCGGCCAGUGCAUGUACAGCGAGACCGGACUACUCGCCGCCUCCGGCGUGUCCCACCCGGAGUACUACAAGGUCACCAAGUUCCUUUAUGCGACCUGCGAUUUUCGACCAGGGUCGGGGUCGGAGUCGUCUAGCUCGGUAGCAAAGGCCAUGUUCGUGCAGCCGGUGACCGAGGAGGGGGAGGUGUCGUUUUGGACGUACACCAACUGGAUCGGGUACGUGGCGGUAGCGACCGACAAGGGUGUUGAGGCGCUGGGCCGGCGUGACAUUGUCGUGGCCUGGCGUGGCUCCGUCAAGUUUGUGGAGUUUCUCAAAGACGCGGACGCUCGGUACGCACCCGCGGCGACGGUGCUGGGCCCCUCGGACAAUUUCAAGAAUGCAAAGGUGCACCGUGGUUUCCUCUCCGUGUACACAGCUGCCCCGCGCCGCCUUAUGGACAAUGACCAGGUGUGCCCUGGCCAGACUGACAUCACUUUAAUAAUGACCAGCGCUAGAGAUCAGGCAAUCACAGAAGUGCGGGCGCUAAUGGAGGCGCACAAGGACGAGGUGACCAGCAUCACCGUCACGGGUCACAGCCUUGGCGGCUCACUCGCCACCCUCAACGCAGUCGACAUGGUGGCCCACCAUGUCAAUGUGCCCCCGGCCGGCUCCUCCAAGCAGCAGCCGUGCCCUGUGACGGUGAUCCUGUUUGCGAGUCCACGAAUCGGCAACGAAGAGUUCAAGCACGCCUUCGCCUCCUUCCCUGAACUACGGGCACUCAGCAUGAUCAACAAAAGAGACAAAGUGCCGAAACUCCCGCCAUGCUUCGUGCACGCGACGACGGCGACUAUGCCCAUCGACACGGACCGGUCACCGUACCUGCGCCCAGGCACCAUCGGAAUACGCCAUAACCUCGAGUGCUACCUGCAUGGCGUCGCUGGAGAUCAUGGUGCCGAUGGGGACUUCAAACUAGUGGGGGACCGUGAUUUGGCGCUGGUGAAUAAGAGUACGAACGCGCUAACAGAGGGGUAUCCGGUGCCGGCGAAGUGGUGGGGCGCGAAUUACAAGGGCACGGUCAAGGGUGUUGCUGGCCACUGGAAGCUCCAGAAAUUCGACGAUGAAUAAUUAAGUGGUUAAGUUACUAUGCCUGCACCCUCAGCCUUGGAGGAGGCUUAUAUCAACAAUAAGAGUGAAUUCCGGUUUUUACCCUCUAUUUUGACG